AUGGCACGUCCCAAGAAGGUUAGAAACGGGACGACUGUCGAGGCGGCGCCUAGCCAUGACAGUAGCCCGACCUACGCAGCAUACGACAACCUUGCUGAAGGUGAGAACCGGCCCCUCUUUGCACUCCGAGUCUACGACACGACGACACAGCCGGCCGCAGCCAGCGACGACCACGUGCGCUAUGCCGCCAAGGUCGUCGGCCUGCCCAUGACAGCAGACGUGACCGACGACGAGCGUGCUCAGAGGUGCAGAGAAGACCAGAUCGCCGAGGUCGCGGCACGGAAGAGCGCUGGCUUGCAGGACUGGUUUCUACCGGGCACUUACAUGACCGAUUCCCACUUGUUUGGUAUCCAUGUUAUCACCCGCUUAGAAAGAGGUUUUAUCACAUGGUGGGAAGAAGCCAUCCAUUCCACUGAUCCGCUCAAACGAUUCCUGCCAGAGAAACUAGAGGACAAGAAAACAUACCCCUUUGGCACACAUCUCUCGGUAGUAUGGGGCGUAGGCGAGCACGUUGAGAUCGAUCCAGAAGACGGUGAAGAGCCUUCGCCGGGGAUGGAGGUGUCUCUGAACAGAAUUAUCUACUUGGACCUCGGCUUGUCCUGGAGGCGGCAUAGGAUGGAGUGGUUCUAUAACCAGUACGUCGCGGACGGCGGCCUUGACCAAGAGUUUGAGUCAUUGCCGCGCGCUUCCUUGUUGUGA